AUGGAAGACUCAAACAUAGACGAGGUGUUUCUUCUGAGACAGCAUUCAGAAAGAAACAAUGAUCCCUUAGAGUCGCACGAAGAAGCCCUCUCUGCAGUUGCAGAAGUGCUAUCCACCCCCGUUGACUUUAACCAAAAGAGAGAAAAGACAGAACCAGAUGGCGAGGAUCAUCACGAAGAUGAGCAGCGGGGAAGAGAAAUCAAAAGGCAAAAGAUUGAAGAAUCAGAAUCAGCUAGUCAGCGAGAUUCGGGGGAAAAGGAUGAAAGCGCUGCAUCAACGGCAACAACCGAGGAAAAUGACGAGGCAAAGAUGCCAGACCCGACAGACAGCCUCGCAAUGAGCGACACGCACGCACGGUUGAUUCAACAAGCUCACCAGCAAUUGGAGAAACAGCAAGCACAACAGCAAACGCAGCCACCGCAGGAAGCCACGCUGCAUGGCGAUGACCGUGACCAAGACCAUGAGUAUGAGCGUGAGCGUGAGCAUGUCCACGUUGAUGAUGACGGCAGUAACGAGCCUGGAAAAGUCGAAGCACCGGAGAUUGUCAAGUCUGUUGAGCCCGAGACUCAAGCACCCACAAAAAGAUACUCGUCUUCAGCGAUACCUCCCGAUUCCGAGCUCUUCAACACAAACGCCGCACAUGCCGCGUAUUCGUCACUAUCGUCGCUGUUCCAGCAUCUGACCCUUGACCCAACAAGAGCCAUUUUCACCCUGGCAAAUUUGUCGGUGCUACCUUUGCCAAUUGUGGCGGCUAACUACUUGCCACCCCGAAUACAGUUACUCAUCAACACUCUACCCACCUUGGACAACUUGGCAACACAACUACUAAGGAUCGCCGUUACGUCCUCGUACAACAAGAUUAUUGACCUCGCUUCGAACCCAGAGACACCCGAAGGUGCCGCGUAUCGUGAUUUGACAUCCUUGUUUGAGUUUACCAAGAGAUUGUACUCGGAAGAGGACCCAUUUCUCACCGUGGACCACCUUGCACCCGGAAUGUGGCGCGUUGGCGAUGUCACUCCGCAGAUUUUCAAAAGCAAAGAGCAAAGCAUCGAGUCUACUUUGAGAAAAGUUAACUUGGCGACAUUUCUAGCAGCCACCUUGGGUACCAUGGAGAUUGGGUUUUUCUAUCUCAAUGAGUUUUAUUUGGAGAUUUUUUGUCCCGGAAACAGUCUAGACGUAAAGAACAGCUUGUCGGAUACCAACUACAUGGAAUCGGCACCAUCUUCGCUAGCCACUAGUAUUCAGUCUGGAACAGGAUCAACGGUUGGCGGCAGGAUUGGCAAGUUGUUGAAGCCCCAAGCUUUGCUAUUUCUCGACUUGAAGACGCAGGCCUACAUAUCGGCAAUUGAGGCCGGUGAACGUUCAAAAGAAGAUAUAUUGGAUGAUAUCCUACCCGACAAUAUGGAGCAGAUCUUAUUGGAAAGAAGAAACAUAUCAAUGUUGCUCCCAACCGAAGUGGACUUUGUCGAAAGGUGCCGCUCGAGAAAAGCGUUUCUUUUGAAAUACGAUGAGAGCAAUCUACAGCCGCUUUCGGAAAACUUCAAGUGGUUUACUUUUCUAAAAGACUUGUUUGAUUACACGUCGAGAAACAUGGGAUACUUGAUCUGGGGGAAAUCAGGAAAGCCACCGAGGGACAGACGCGAAGAGACCCCGGCCCACACCCAGGAGUUGUACGACCAGAUCAAUGCACAAAUGAACUACUCCCCUUCGUCACGAGCCGACGACGACGCUGCUGGUGGGGACUCCUCGACAACCGACCAUCUGAAUUUGCUCCCAUCUGAAAUACGAGAAAAACAAAUACAGGUGAAUGGCCAUCGACCUAGUCAGCGCCGACCAUGGACUCGAGAAGAGGAAAAAGCAUUUAAGCACGCAAUGGAGUUGAAAGGGCCCCAUUGGUCGGCCAUCUUGGACUUGUUUGGCAAGGGCGGUAAAAUCAACGAGAGUUUACGCAAUAGGUCGCAGGUGCAGCUCAAGGAUAAGGCGAGAAACUGGAAGGUUUUUUACUUGAAGAACGAUAUGGAAGUACCGCACUAUCUUCGAAAUGUGACUGGUGGAUUAGAUGAUAAAGUCAAGAGAAGCAUAUCCAGGACGAGCGCAAAGACUGCUGCGGCACCAGUCCCUAACGCUCAGCAACAGAAGCAGAAGCAACAAGAGCAACAAUAA